UUUAGUACUAGAAAUAAUCUUUUUAGAGAGCAUCUGUUUCUCAACGAAAAUAAUUUUUUCCAUAAAAAUCUGCUUUUUGUAUUGUAUAGGUUGUUUAUCCAAGCUAAAAUCUAAUGAACUAAUAAUGUGAAAUUUCAGCUCCAUGUAAUUAAAAUGUAAACUCGGAAAGUCUUAGUUGUUGACCCUGUACAUUGAUUUCUAUCAUGAAAACAUGGAUGUAUCUUAAAUAUUGAACUACAUUGUAACUAAAUUUAAAUGUAGAAGUUUUGACAAAUAAAGACAACUGAAAUGGGGGCCAACCAAUCGGGGAGAAUGGAAAAAACGUUUUACGGAGAAGAAGUGAAUUUCGACCAUUUUCAAAUUUUACGGGCAAUAGGAAAGGGAAGCUUUGGCAAGGUGUGUAUCGUCCAAAAGAAAGAUUCGAAGCAGAUGUUCGCGAUGAAGUACAUGAAUAAGCAUCAAUGUAUGGAACGAGACGCCCUCAAGAACGUACUCAGAGAGGUGGAAAUCCUGACGAGAUUAGAACAUCCCUUUCUUGUCAAUAUUUGGUUUUCAUUUCAAGAUGAAGAAGAUCUCUUCAUGGUGACGGAUCUGCUCUUGGGAGGUGACUUGAGGUAUCAUAUCCAACAAGAAGUGAAUUUCUCGGAAGAUGCUGUCAAAUUGAUGGUAUGCGAGCUGGCUUUGGCACUGGAUUAUCUUCAGACAAAGCAGAUAAUACACAGAGAUAUCAAACCGGACAACAUUCUACUGGACGAAGAAGGUCACUUCCACAUCACGGAUUUUAACAUUGCUACAGUUUUAGAAGAUACUCAUUUAGCGACAUCUAUGUCCGGAACUAAGCCAUACAUAGCACCGGAAAUCUUCGACUGUGCGGUUGACUUAUGCGUGGGAUAUUCUUAUCCCGUCGAUUGGUGGUCGUUGGGUGUGGUAGCUUAUGAAAUGUUGAGAGGCAUGAGACCGUUUGAUAUUCACUCCAAUACUGGCAUACAAGAAGUGAGAAUCUUAUUCCAAAUCGGAUUAGAUUACCCGUCGAGUUGGAGCGAAGGGAUCAUUGAUUUAAUUUCAAGGUUGUUGUGUAUAAGUCCGGGCUUGAGGAUUUCAAACAUACAAGAACUCAAACAAGUCAAGUGCCUAAAGAAGUUUGAUAUGGAAAGAGUGUUUCAAAGGCAGUAUAAGCCCCAUUUUACACCACCUAAAGACCAUUUGAAUUGUGAUCCAACUUUCGAACUCGAAGAAAUGAUCAUAGAAACAAAACCCUUGCACAAAAAAAAGAAACGAUUGGCAAAACAAAGAUCAAUAAGGGAGAUUCAAGGAACGAUGAGUAUAGAUUUGGAUGCCGAUUCUCCGUUGGAGCUUCCAGGGACUAUAAUCCCCGACUUUAAGGUUUAUAACAGGUAUCAAGAGUUAGAAAAAAGGGAACGUGAAAGAAAGGAACAAGCAUGGGAGAGGGAACUUGAGCUGGCCAUGAGAUCCUCUGAUCCUUUAAAAGAAGAGACCGAACCUAAGGAAAAAAUUCACAAAUGUACAGGAUGUCCGAAAUUAGAAACAAUGAUUAAUUCGAAUUGUAAACUGAACUAUGAAGAUCGUGGAAGUAACAUGAGUCAAUUAUCGUUACCUGACAUGAAAAAUGAAGACACUUCCGUUAACGACAUUCAAAAUAAAUUGCAAAAUAUAGAUUUCAUUGAUAGGACACCAUCACCAGUAGAGAGAACUGAAGGAACUUAACUUUUUUAUAACCAGUAAAAAAUGUAUUAUAUUUUAUAUUAAAAUCCAAUUUUG